AUAUAUUAUAACACACAUAAAUAUAUAUUAUUAUUACGUACAUGCAUUGUCUUCAAAAAAAAAAGGUACAACCCGUGAAUUCAGGAGCCUCCACGUGUCGUUUCACGCCUGAAUUCGCGUGAGUCGCUUGACACGUGUACGUGUGUCUGUACGUGUGUGUAUGUGUGUGUGUGUGCGCGCGCGCGUGCUUUUGCUUUUCUUUGUCUCCAUCUCGCAACCGGAAAUUGCACGCGCCUCCGCGGGCCGGUUUUGUAUUCGAAAGGAUCGAACACGGUGGUGGCCCGGGAUCACGGCGCAGGUCAAGUUUUCGCGACACGCGUCGGGGGCUUUUGCGCUCUCUUGUAGUGUGCGCUCCACUACCAUCCCAGGUUCCAUUCGUGAAUGACGCAAAUGCAACAGGACAGAGAGAGAGAAAGAGAGAGAGAGAGAGAGAGAGCAAUCUACAGUAUUUUCUGCGUGGUGCACGAUAUGAAUCCUCUCGGAAUUCGCGGAAACGGGCUCCGAAACGUGACGUCAAUCUGCUCUUCAACUAGGAAAUGGAUUCUCGUGCCGAGAGAAUGGUGCCAACUGUUUGCAUGGCAGGGUUUCCGAUGGCUGGAACCGUUAUCUUGCGCGGCCGCCGCCGCUGCCGAGGACGAUUCGAAAACGGCAUGAAACGGCGAAGAUUCGCGUUAGAGAAGAUGAUGCGAAUCGAGACGAUCCUACCGCCCCGUGAAAAUUGUUCGCGGAGACUCGACUACGCGGGCGCGAUUCCGGACUGUUUCGUCGCGAGCGCAAGAGACGAGUACCCGACGAACGAGGACGAGGACUACCAAAAACUCGUGGCGGAAAGAAGAAAAGAUCUCUUGAGCAUUGUCGUGCGCACGAUAAUUCUCGUUCAGCGUAAUCGUAUCCUCCGGAAGCGCCUGAACGCAUUGCUGGCGGAAACGUGCAGAUUCUUCCGUUCCGCGUUAAAUAAUCCGGAAAAUCAGCAACGAAGGUCACACGUGUCGUCUCCACAUUCCGAAGACUCGUCCUCCUCCACGGAAAAAGUCGUCGUCGUCUCGACGUUAUCUGAAGCCUCCGAUUCGACGAGAAAUUCACUUCGCGAGGCGCACCAAUGACGAGUCAAGUUCGACUGAUAAAUCCGGAAGGUUCAGGCAAGGAGGGAAUAUUGAUCUUUUGUUGUUUUUUUUUUCUUUCUUAAUAUUGAAGGAGAGAUUGAUAACUGCUCGAUCGAACUGCGCGUAAAUAUAAAGCAGUGAGUCAUUUAGCUACGCCCGCACCUAGUCUGCGUGCGUAGACACGUUUAUCAUUAGAUAUAUUUUAAUAUACACUCUCGUCGUAUAUAUUACACUUCUCUUCGGGAGAAACACUUCGAAACUCUUUGUUUUGCGUUAUUAAUAUAUAAAGAAAAAACCGACAAAUGUAUUUUCGAUAAAGGGUUACUUUUUAGAUAGUGCCAUUGUCUAGAUUAGACUUGUCUAGAACUCCAAGUAACAUUAACUUUCACGUACGGGAUACUCCAGAACGGAACUUGCAACACUUUUUUUCGUGACAUCUGAGUUUUUUGGGGGUUUGCUGGAGAAAUUAACAUUAUAACAUCUUUCGAGCUGUAAAUUGAGAAUAAACGGCUUUAGAGGCUAAUAAGUGGGAUGGAUACAUUCGCAAAUAAUAAUCAAUAAAUUAUGUUGGUCGCGUUAAAAGCAGAGUUUCGAUUUAAGGCUCGGUUAUGAAGAUGUCGAAUAUUGGAGGAAUCGAGAUCGACGUUCCUCGGCAUUCCUCAAUAUUCCUCGAUAAAGAAAAGUGACUUCCUAUUGCUUCCAAUCUUACGAAGGAAGCAACACUAUACAUAUGUAUGUACAUAUGUCCAGUUUUUGCUUAUUCUGGUACGCUCUCUCUGCCUUCGUAUUCGCGUUACGAUAUAUAGAGCAUUGCGAUAGAGAUUUCACAGAACAAAUAGAUUGCUUUGCCAACAAGUUCGAUCUGAAACUUUAGACUAAAAGAAUUUAAUAUUGUACCGAAAUGCCAGAUUGGAAAUGCCGGUGAGAAAGAAGACAGGCGAUCUCGCUGUGCACAGCAAUUAAGAUAUAUAUUAUUUUCGAUUAUAUAAAAAUAAGAGAGAUCCUUAUGUAAUCGCAUUACAUAAUUAUUCCGAAAUAUGUAUUACUUAUUUGCUAUAACAAUGACAUAACUCAAAAAAUUGUCAUUUUUAAACUGUGUUAAAAAAAAAAUUGGAAAAUUCUGAUAAGAAUUUAACACACUAAUUUAGUAGGUCAAAUAGGUAUAUUAAAAUCGCAUGUAAGAAUGCAUUAAUGUCAAAAUUUUAGUGAUUUGAAACCUUUAAAUUUGAGAAAUUAAUUCUUUUAGUUAUGUCGUUAUUGCAGCAAAUUAGCGAUUAGAUAAGUUAUUUUUGGACACUAAUGUAUGCAGGGUGGUAGAAUUAACGCACUUUUCUUCAACGCAGAGGCUAACAAUAAGACUUUCACUGUUUUAAAAUAUCGGAACAAAUAAAAUUGUUCUUCUUUUGAACAAUUUUGCAAGGUUAGCCAAGUGCCAGUAAUUGAAAGAUAUGAAAUGUAGUGCGUUAAGUGUCAAGGGCACUGCAAUCUUUGAUUAAACAUCGGAUAUUUAUAUAGAUAGCACGAACAUUUAAAAAGAUGUUAUCAUAAUCGUUUCGAAUAGUGUAAGAUACAGAAAGAACGCCAUAAUUAAUCUAGUUUAUCAGGUUCUUGGCAGUUAAGUGCUAUCCUUACAUAAUCCUUAAUUGGUAAUCGAUCAUCAAGAGAUAGAAAGAGUGUCACAAAAUCCGCUAAUUAACAACGAAGGAAUAAAUAAUGUUACAAUAUAAUGCACACGAUUCGGGAGCGUCGAUUUAUAAGAAUAUCAAAAAACUGUUUUGAAUAAUUUAAAUACGUUAGAUAUUAAUUUAGACAUUAAUUUCAGCACUUAUCUGAAUAAAAUUUAAAAAAAUGAAAAGUGAAACAAUAGUUACAAUAGAAUAAGAUAAGAUUUUUAACAAAUCCUAUAAUUCUAUCGAUUUUUAAAAAGAGAUUUGAUCUUUA